UAUCGAUUAUCAAACCUGUAGGGCGAUUCUGUAACUCGAUCGACAGUUUUCGGUAUCGUUAACUAGCGACAGCCAAUGGCAAAGACGACUUAGAGAAAAGCGUGGCUCUCAUAGGCUGUCGCUACAUAACGAUAGCGAAAACUGUCGAUACGAGUUACAGAAUAGGCAUACUGAAAGGGAUCGGGCGCCAUAGAACACUAAGAAGAAGAAGGAGCAUUUCGGCAGUACGCUUUGAUGUGUCAUGAGUGUGAUGAGUUCUCCUCAUGUUUAUCGUUUUCUCUUAAUUUCGGCUCUGCCGGCAUGUCGGACGAUUGACACUCGGGGGUAUAACGAUGGAUAAAGUGUACAAAUUUUAUGGUCGCCAUGCAUCGCCGAAUAUCCAGCUCAAACAUUACUUUCGGGAAUACAGUGAGUCGCUCGAGUCCUGGGCGCGUCGCGACCCGGCUGGAUCGUGCGAGGAAAACAUCUUCCGACUUAUGGAUGCCGACCUUUCGCAAGCGAGGACGCACUUGAUGACGCAUUAUUGCAGCACCGAUCACUUAACUUUGCCGAUGGAAGCUGCCAAUGCGGAAGAACGGGAAAAGCAUGGGUACGUCCGCAUACCGGAAAGAAUUCUCCAGAACACUUCGUUGGAAACGAUCAAGGUAUUGAAGACAUUGCCCAAGGACGCGUUUGUCAAACCAAAGAAUCACAACGGGAUCCUAAUUAAAUAUGAGGACUCCAGAUUGUCGGACAACAAUGCCACCGUGAUACCGAAUAAAGACUUUUUAGUUUACGUUAAAGUGUACGAGCCGUUCAAGAGCCAGUCCAGCCUCAAUAAAUUGAGGACAAUGAAUCGUUUUCCGGUCCUUAAACUCAGGACUGUCGUGUCGAUACUCGGUCAUCAAAGUCUUUACGAGUUACGCCAAAAGAUAUUGUGUCAGUCCGAUCUGUCGAUUGCCACGGAAGUCAGUGAAAAUCCGAAUCGAACACCUGGACCAAUGGCGAAGGAUACCUAUAAAUCAGGAUUCUUCUACAUUGGUGAUACUUUUUACAAUGACACCAGCGUACCAAUCAAUAUCGAUUACAGUGACGUUAUACUGAAAUGGGCCGAGACUCGUGACGUCGGUUCGUUCAAAGUUGAGACCAUGGAUACAAGAAUAGAUUCCCUUUGCGUGAGGUUUGGUUUCCCAUGGGUAUAUCAGCAUCAAGGUUGCUGCGAGCACGUUAUUGUACUGUCCGAUGCCAGGUUAGUGACCGAGACCGACGUACCAGCACUGUCCGCCUAUCCAAAGAUAGAGAGGAUAAGGCCCAUGUCCGGGAAGAACUGCAUAAUGUGCGGAAUGCUCAACGUGCGUUGGAUCUUGACCGAUCACGACAGGAUACCGCACGAUACUAGCUACUUCUGUAACAAGUGCUUCGUCUCUUACAAUUACGUCGACGGUAAAAAGGUGGGAAAUUUCAAAGCGUACAAUUACCCCUGCAUAACGAAACUGAUGCCUCGAAGGGGCAGCAGCGACUAGAAGAAUUCUUGUGCGCGUAUCGGUCGUGUUUAUAACUUUCCUGAACAGUGGCAGGGAUAUUUGAAAGGUGGUACGUUUCGAAGGCGUAAACACGAGCGUUGUGCAAAAUGGGAAGGAAGAAACUUUUAUAUUGUCGACGCCUUUAAAGCGUACAAUUUUUGCAAAUUGUUUCUUGCGCUGUACAGAUCCGGUUUCAGUUGCAACGCUCUUCUGUACAUUUGUUCUGCUGCAUGCAAUUUGUUCCAACGAUGAUACAGAACACCUGGAACGAGAAAAGAAAAAAUAUACGUCUCGAGUACA